CUGUAUAUUACCUGUGAGUAUUGGUCCGCCCUUCCAUGGAGUUCCAGGUCUGUCUACGCCCACUCUGUGCUUGUUCUCCCCAUGUAGUCGCUGGUCUUUCGCUGCAAACCUUGCGCUUACUGGGGCUGAAAUGCUGCACGCCACCUUCAGCAAUGUCUCAAUUCGGGCACUGCCCGCUCUGGCAGCUAUAUUCCUACACAGGAAGGACAAGGAGCGUCGAGAAAAGAGACCAAAAAGUUGGAGGAGAGAAUUUCAUCCAUACUAUAACCUGAGUGUGAAAGUACUGAGAGCCAGGAAUAUACAUGGAGCUGAUCUGUUAUCUGAGGCAGAUUGCUUUGUGCAGUUACGGCUCCCCACAGCAUCUCCUUCUACUUCCAGGACCAGUGUUGUGUAUAAUUCCAGUGACCCAGAAUGGAAUGAAACCUUCCACUAUCGAAUUUAUGGUGCAGUCAAGAACAUUCUCGAGCUCACCCUAUAUGACCGAGAUGUUGUAAUGGAUGACGAGCUGUCCUGUGUUGUCUUUGAUUUAGGAAAUGUUAAGCCAGGGCAAGUAACCAAGCGUAAUUUCAAGCUUGAUCCAAAGGCUGAAGAAGUUUUGGAAGUUGAGUUUCACCUAGAGGAAAGCUCGGAUCCCCCUGCUCAAAUUAUUACCAAUGGAGUACUUGUGGCUCAUCCCUGCCUUUGUGUUGAAGGACAGUUACACGGCACAGCAAAGCAAAACGUAGAAAAAAGAAAUGGGCUCCUAAAGAUGUGUAUGCCUGGGUCAUAUGAAAAGCAAAUAAGCCUGCCAGCGUCUCAGGAAAAUGACAUUCAAUUUGUUUUUCAUGUGAACAAAGAUCAGAGCCCUAAAUUAGACCUUUAUCUACAGCAGAGUCUGCGAGUGGGACAGGAUGACAUGGCACCAGAGAUGGACAAGCAGACUUUUCUGAAAGGUGAAGGAUCCAUAUCUAUUUCAUCACUUCCUGUUGAUCAGGAAGUAGAAAUCAGCAUCCCACUUUCCAAGGCGGAAAAAGUCGAGAUGAGUUUGAAAGCAGAGGAUAGUUUUCCUGAACUUGAUCUGCGCCUGGGUUUUGAGCUGUCUGAGGGGGAGAGGGACUUCCUGAAGAAGAGAAAACCAAUUGUAACAAAAGCUUUGAAGGAGGUUCUAGAGCUGAGCAAAGCUCCCAACUCUGAUGAGCUUCCCGUAAUUGCUGUUUUGGGCUCGGGAGGAGGAACACGAGCAAUGGUAUCAUUUUAUGGGAGCCUGUCUGGUCUGCAGGACCUCAAACUCCUAGACACCCUCACAUAUAUCUCUGGAAUAUCUGGAUCCACCUGGUGCAUGUCCACUCUUUAUGAGGAUCCUUAUUGGUCGGAGAACGAUCUUCAUGGUCCAAUCAGUAGGGCCAGAAAAUCUGUGACAUCCAGUAAGGCUGGAGCAUUUUCUUUUGAGAGACUCAAACACUGUACACAGGAACUGAUGGCCAUGGAAAAAGAGGGGCAUAAAGUCAACUUUACAGACUUUUGGGGGCUUGUGAUAGAAUAUUUUCUGCACCAGCAGGGGAAUCCAGCAAAGCUGUCAGACCAGCAGGUGUGUGUCUCCAGUGGUCAAAAUCCCUAUCCAAUUUAUGCGGGAGUCAAUGUCAGAGUGAACAUCAAUGUAGGAGACUUUUCAGAAUGGUGUGAGUUUACCCCACAUGAAAUUGGAUUUCGGAAAUAUGGGGCCUUUGUACGCACAGAAGACUUUGGCAGUGAAUUUUUCAUGGGGCAUCUAAUCCACAGGAGAAAGGAGCCCAAAAUCUGUUAUCUGCAAGGUGUCUGGGGUAGUGCCUUUGCAGCUAAUCUUGAUGAAAUAUGGGCCACGGCUGCUGGGACUGGAAUCAGAUGGCUCAGCUCUCUUACCGAUGUUAUCAAAGUGAUAGAUGACUGCCGAAGGUUACAUUUUCACAACCCCAACCGGCUGCAAACUCGACUGGUGAUGCCAGCUGGAAUCGUAUCCAACAUCUUCCAAGAUUUCUUCAAGUCCCGAUUCACAGCUGGAGAGAGGUACAACUUUAUACAAGGACUCUACCUCUACAAGAACUAUGUAGGCAUCCGAGAGUUUGUUGCCUGGAAAGGCAAUCACCUUGAUGCAUUCCCCAAUCACCUGACCCCUAUGGAGGAGAAUCUGUACCUGGUGGACGGAGGUUUGGCUAUCAACUCUCCAUUCCCACUUGUGUUGCAACCUGAGAGAGAAGUGGAUGUUAUUCUGUCAUUUAACUAUUCAUGGGAUGCUCCAUUUAAGGUUCUGCACCAGACCUCUCAGUACUGCAGGGAGCGAGGUAUCCCUUUCCCUGAUAUCACCAUAAGUGAAGAAGAUGAGAAACAGCUUAAGGAGUGUUAUGUAUUCAUGGACCCACAGGAUCCUAGAUCCCCUAUAGUCCUUCACUUCCCAAUGGUGAAUGAAACUUUCUGCAGAUACAAAGCACCAGGGUUUGAACGGGAGACUGAGGAGGAGAAAUCUUUUGGAAACGUCGUCUUAUCAGGAAACGAGUCUCCUUACAGGACAAAGAACUUCACGUAUGAGCCAAAUCACUUUGACCAGCUUGUUGAGGUGAACAAAUACAACGUCCUGAACAACCAGCACCAGAUUGCAGAGGCACUGAGGACUGCUCUAAGUCGCAGAAAGCAAAGAACAGCGAGGCCACAUCUUAAAAAACAUAUGGUUGGAUAAAAUAUUAAUUGACUUCAUUUAGACGUCCAUUGAACAACUUUUUAAGAGACUAAGAGGUGGGGGGACAGGUUUCAUGAAGUGUUAGAGAUAUUUUGGAUCUUUGAUUUUAGGAGGUAAUCUCCAGAUGGUGAAGUAAUUAUUUUUUUUCAUAGUGUGUUACUGGUUGAAUGAUAUAUUUUAGUAUGAUGGUUGGAAUUAUUUAUUAUUCCAAAGUAUUAUUACCUGCAAUGCACAUGGGCAAUCACAAAAUGCCUUGAUUGCAAAAAAUGCACUUAAUACAUUACUAGUUAGGAAAGAUAAGCUGCUAGUUCAAAUAUAAAUUUUAUUAGUCCACUUAGUUCAAAUAUACAUUUUAUUAGUCCACUUAGUUCAAAUGUAAAUUUUAAUCAGUCCACUUAGUGUUAAAGAUAAAAAAGCCACUGUUUUUUUUUUUUUUACUUGUUUUGAGCUAGUGGAACUUUCCAACCCUGCUAAUAUGUCUAUAUGUAUAUAGUUGAAUGUGUGUAUGUAUCUUAUAUAUAUAUAUAACAUAAUUUAUGUAAGAACUUACCUGAUAAAUUCAUUUCUUUCAUAUUAGCAAGAGUCCAUGAGCUAGUGACGUAUGGGAUAUACAUUCCUACCAGGAGGGGCAAAGUUUCCCAAACCUCAAAAUGCCUAUAAAUACACCCCUCACAACACCCACAAAUCAGUUUAACGAAUAGCCAAGAAGUGGGGUGAUAAGAACAAAGUGCGAAAGCAUAAAAAAUAAGGAAUUGGAAAUAAUUGUGUUUUAUACAAAAAAAUCAUAACCACCACAAAAAAGGGGUGGGCCUCAUGGACUCUUGCUAAUAUGAAAGAAAUGAAUUUAUCAGGUAAGUUCUUACAUAAAUUAUGUUUUCUUUCAUGUAAUUAGCAAGAGUCCAUGAGCUAGUGACGUAUGGGAUAAUGACUACCCAAGAUGUGGAUCUUUCCACGCAAGAGUCACUAGAGAGGGAGGGAUAAAAUAAAGACAGCCAAUUCCUGCUGAAAAUAAUCCACACCCAAAAUAAAGUUUAAAUGAAAACAUAAGCAGAAGAUUCAAACUGAAACAGCUGCCUGAAGUACUUUUCUACCAAAAACUGCUUCAGAAGAAGAAAACACAUCAAAAUGGUAGAAUUUAGUAAAAGUAUGCAAAGAGGACCAAGUUGCUGCUUUGCAAAUCUGAUCAACCGAAGCUUCAUUCCUAAACGCCCAGGAAGUAGAAACUGACCUAGUAGAAUGAGCUGUAAUCCUUUGAGGCGAAGUUUUACCCGACUCGACAUAAGCAUGAUGAAUUUUUCAACCAGGAUGCCAAAGAAAUGGCAGAGGCCUUCUGACCUUUCCUAGAACCGGAAAAGAUAACAAAUAGACUAGAAGUCUUUCGGAAAGUCUUAGUAGCUUCAACAUAAUAUUUCAAAGCUCUAACCACAUCCAAAGAAUGCAAUGAUUUCUCCUUAGAAUUAUUAGGAUUAGGACAUAAUGAAGGAACCACAAUCUCUCUACUAAUGUUGUUGGAAUUCACAACCGUAGGUAAAAAUUCAAAAGAAGUUCGCAACACCGCCUUAUCCUGAUGAAAAAUCAAAAAAGGAGGCUCACAAGAAAGAGCAGAUAAUUCAGAAACUCUUCUGGCAGAAGAGAUGGCCAAAAGGAACAAAACUUUCCAAGAAAGUAAUUUAAUGUCCAAUGAAUGCAUAGGUUCAAACGGAGGAGCUUGAAGAGCCCCCAGAACCAAAUUCAAACUCCAAGGAGGAGAAAUUGACUUAAUAACAGGCUUUAUACGCACCAAAGCUUGUACAAAACAAUGAAUAUCAGGAAGAUUAGCAAUCUUUCUGUGAAAAAGAACAGAAAGAGCAGAGAUUUGUCCUUUCAAGGAACUUGCAGAAAAACCUUUAUCCAAACCAUCCUGAAGAAACUGUAAAAUUCUUGGAAUUCUAAAAGAAUGCCAGGAAAAAUGAUGAAAAAGACACCAAGAAAUAUAAGUCUUCCAGACUCUAUAAUAUAUCUCCCUAGAUACAGAUUUACGAGCCUGUAACAUAGUAUUAAUCACAGAGUCAGAGAAACCUCUUUGACUAAGAAUCAAGCGUUGGAAAAAAGGACCUUGAGACAGAAGGUCUGGUCUUAACGGAAGAGUCCAUGGUUGGCAAGAAGCCAUCCGGACAAGAUCUGCAUACAAAAACCUGUGAGGCCAUGCUGGAGCUACCAGCAGAACAAACGAGCAUUCCUUCAGAAUUUUGGAGAUCACUCUUGGAAGAAGAACUAGAGGCGGAAAGAUAUAGGCAGGAUGAUACUUCCAAGGAAGUGACAAUGCAUCCACUGCUUCCGCUUGAGGAUCCCUGGAUCUGGACAGAUACCUGGGAAGUUUCUUGUUUAGAUGAGAGGCCAUCAGAUCUAUUUCUGGAAGCCCCUACAUUUGAACAAUCUGAAGAAAUACCUCUGGGUGAAGAGACCAUUCGCCCGGAUGCAA